UCAUAACAUGGAAAACUGGUUAGACAGUCUGCCCUAGUGCCACCAUGCCAAACAUUACAAUUAGACCACCCCACUGGCAGGAAGAAAAUACACAGGAAAAAGCCCAGCAGCCUUGCUUGCCAGGCUAAUAGACACACGGCUGGGGAACAAGACUAGUUCAGCUACAUCGUGAUGCAGUGGCUCCAGGAUGGAACAACUAGCUGGGCUUGGCUCUGCCUGUCCUGCUGCCUCCUGCUGAGUGCCUGGUGCCCGGUGGGGGCGGAGGUGGGACCCACACCCGACCCAGAGUCAGGGGAGCUCAUGCAGGGAGACUGGGAGUGGGGCUCCGGUUCCUUCAACCUCCAGGAUCUCCUCCACAGCUUCCCCGCCGACAGCCCCUUUGUGACAGAGACUCCGGGGAACCCUGUCAACUGCUCCCAGCGCUUCUGGCUGCCCUCUGCCUCUCCAGUCUGCUGGGACGACAUCGCGGGGCCAGAGGAGUUUGAGCAGUCCCGUCUGCUGGUGCUCCAGAACAGGGCGGCCCUGCAGGCGGUGUCCCUGGCUAGCGAGGUGGUGGUAGAGGGGGGAACCUCAGCCUCGUUUAAACAGCAGGCCUUGGAGGACUUGCAGGUGGUGCGGGCGGACUACCUGAACGUGACAGAGACGACGGAGACCAUGCAGAAGGUGUUCCUCACACUGGAGGAGAAGAGGAAGGAGGGGACGGAGCACUGGACCUUCUCAAGUAUAAAGGAGCACAUUGCCAACACGAAGGACUCAAUCAAUGGAAGAGACCACGUGGCAGCCCUCCUAGAGAAACAGUUCUCCAGCCUAGAGAAGUCUUUACACAUCAUGCAACUCCGACUUGACAAACUAAUGGCACAGUGAAUUAUGUGUUCUUCAGGCUCUUUUUUUGUCAGCUUUUGAAUGAACCGUACCAUCAUGUAAUAUUUCCCACUAGAAAUGCAUGCAUACUCAGGGUAGGAAACCCUGUACAAAGCAUGAGGUGUACUUUCUCUGUAUUUGUACUGUAUUCUGUAUUUAUUCCUCCAUAGCGCCAUGUUACUAUUAAGUGUAUUUUAAUCGUAUGUAUCUGAAACCCAAACUGCAUGCAAAGCCUAAAGCAUCGGGGAGAUAUUGAUGGCAAUAAAAUCUAUUUCUAUA